AUGAUCAUGCAAGAAUUUGAACCAAGAAGAAGAAUUUCAUCUCCAAAAACAUUCACAAAUGUUGAAAAUCAACCAAUUAGCAAUCGUUCACUUUCGAAUAGUACUUCCACAUUUGAAAUUCCAAUUGCAAAGAGAACAAUUCCAUUCCCAUAUUUAAAAAGAAAGUCCAUUAGAGUUGAUUGGGUUCUGAAACAGCAAAAACUCGAACAACAAAAGAAGAAUCACAAGAAAUUAUUAGAAACAUUGAGAAAUGAAAAUAAUGUGUUAGAAACUGAAAAUUUAACAUUGAAAGGAAGAAUUUUGCAAAUGGAAUUUAUUCUUCAACAAUUGAAAGGGGUUUCUUCUAAGAAAUCAGAAAAGAUUUCAUUCAAAAAUCAAAGCUGCCAAUCAAUUAAAGAGUCAACUCAACCAAAAAAGGAAUCUAACAACAAGAAGGAUUCAAUUAUUCAAUGCUCCAAAUGCAACAAGUGUCUUUCCUCCAAAUACUUUAAAUAUCACAGUAGAAUUUGUGGAAAUACUCAGCUCGAACGUUUGCUCUCUGAAAAGGAUUUGAAAACUUUACAAUCAAUUAGAAAGAAUCAAAAAUCAGCUCAAAUUGUAAACAAACCAAAGAAUAAUUGGAGAAUUAAGAGAGGAGAGUUCUUGGAGAAGAUUAGGUUGGCUCAAAAGAAAACUUCCUCGAAGUGCAUUAUUUUCUAUAGACCAAAUUUUAGAAGGGCAAAUCUAAAUCAAUAAACUUGUUUU